GAGAGGGGGAUGGGGAGGCUGAGUAAGAGAAAAAGGGGGAACCACCUUACGAAACUCGUCUCGUGAGAAAUUCGGAGUAAACCCCUGUUUGGUACCCCUGUCCCUUUAUUCGCGAAAUGAUCGUGUUUGAGGUGCGCGCCUAAGAACAAACUUUAGUCAUUGACCACGUGUUUCCGCGCGAAGCAGUGUGCCGCGUGCCCGCGAUUCCGAGUGUCCGUGUGCGUCUCGUCGUCGUAGCGUUAAUUGAAAAAUCGAUCGUACAACGCGCGCAUCUUAUUUGUCCGGCGAUCGUCGUCAGGUCUAUCGAUAGUUCAGCGAUCAGCUUUACGUGUUCCGCGCUCGGGAAAGAUGUCGUAUACGUGCAAGCGCUUCAAGAGAACGCCGAUUCAUGUGGUGGAGGGCCACGAUGAGGCCUUACCGGUCAUUUAUCGGUGUCUGGGGUCAAAGCAUCUGCCUUUCGAAGGUAACACCUUGGUACAUCUGGAUUCGCAUCCCGAUAUGUUGAUACCCAUGGAUAUGUCCGCUGAUACAGUGUGGGACAAGAAUAACCUGUUUACCACGAUCAGCAUCGAGAAUUGGAUUAUGCCUGCAGUGUAUGCUGGUCAUCUUAAGAACUUGAUCUGGGUGAAACCACCAUGGGCUAAUCAGAUAACCGACAGUGUCUUGACGUUUCUCAUCGGUAAGCACAAGGAGUCCGGCUUGAUAAGGGUACACUUUCUUCGCAUUUCAACUACAGCUGGACUACAGCGGUACUGAAUAAAUAAAUGCAUCCUUGAGGAGGCAAGCGAUGACACACGGUGUAGAGAGAGAAAAUCUCGUUCAUAUGCACGUGGGCGAGGCGACAAUAUACGUCUGUUGAAGUUGGCACGGCAAGACGAAUCGGCAAGGCUUUGACAAACAAUCCGCCUUAUCUCGUAGGCGGAUGCGAUCGCGUGGUUUACUCACCACGUUGGCUUGGCCGUAUAUACCUGCGUUCGCGUACAUAUUGCGCGGAGAGAAGGACGAUUCUCGAGGAACUAAACGUCUGGCGGUUAGCACCGGGAUGCUAAAUCGUCCACGACACGAGUAUUCGAUUAACCCCGUGAACUGCGUUUCGCGAGAAUAAAUUAUUCUUUGCUUACCGGUUCGGUAUCCUCUGCAUGUUGCCAUUCUUCUCCCUGGUACCACUGGUAAUAAGAUAGGCAGCAGAUUUGUCAUUGUCGCUGUAUUAUCAGUAGAGACUAGACUAAAUUAUGUGGAAGAACAGCCAUUCUAUUGCAUUUUUUGGAUGGAUGAUAGAACUUGUAAAUAUUUAGAAA